AUGAAUUCGUCGAGUCCAAAGAUGCAAGAACCCUUGCCGUAUACCGAGGAAGAGGUAGCCCAGGUUGCUUUCGCCAGCGAGAAGGAUCUCGGUGAGGCCGCUGAAGCUGCUGUUGAUGCCUUUUCACACCCCGAUUGGCGCAGAUUGUCAGGAACUGAUAGGGGGGAGUUCAUGUUCCGUCUAGCUGAUCUGAUGGAGGAGCAUUGUACGUCUCUCGCAAGUGCCGAAUCCCUCAAUACUGGAAAAGCAUACAGUAUCGCGCUUGAAGGAUACGUUGAGGAUACCAUCGAGAUUGUCUGCUAUUAUGCCGGGCAUGCGGACAAGGCCUUUGGGCAAGUUAUCGACACUGGUGCUGAUAAGCUUGCGUAUACACUUAAAGAACUAAUCGGUAUAUGUGGCUUGGUAGUUCCCUGGAACUUUCCUCUUAAUAUGGCUAUAACCAAGCCUGCCCCGGCAUUGUGUUGUGGCAACACUGUUAUCUUAAAGCCGUCAGAAGUUACACCUCUCUCUGUCCUCUAUCUGGCCGUAUUGGUCAAAGAGGCCGGUUUUCUGCCUGGUGUAGUCAAUAUCAUCAAAGGAUUAGACCCCGUUGUUGGUGCCGCCAUGGUAACUCACAAGCAAACAUCUAAAAUCUCAUUUACUGGGAGCACGCGAGUAGGAAAAGAGCUCAUGAAACUUGGCAGUAUCCACCUGAAGAAUCUCACCCUUGAGACCGGUGGAAAGUCUCCUUUGAUUGUGUUCGAAGACUCAAGCUUGGACUUGGCCGCUCAAUGGGCUCAUCUUGGCUUGACUUUUAAUCAAGGAGAGCUCUGCACAGCAACAACACGCAUUCUGGUUCGGGACACAAUCUUUGAUCGCUUCCUCAACACUCUCAAAUCAAUAACACUGAAAUAUCCUGUGGGCCAACCAUUCGAAGAGAAAACAUACCUCGGACCCCUUAGUGCGAGGAUAGCCAGUCUCGGAAAGGGAGAUGGGGCAAAAGAUAUCCUGGAUGGCCGUAUGCCAUCCGAGUUCAAAAAGGGGUCCUUCGUCAGCCCAAGCAUCUUUGUCGACGUUAAGCCGUCGAUGCGGAUUUACCAAGAGGAGAUCUUCGGGCCAUGCGCCGUGGUAUUACAGUUCAAAGACGAGGACGAAGCAACGAGAUUGGCUAAUGAUUCGAUGUGUGGCCUGGGUAGUGCGCUCUCUACAGAGAAUAUCAGCAAGGCUCACAACGUCGCCCGUAGGAUCGAGGCUGGCAUGACUUCCGAGUUCCUUUCGGCGGAGUCAAACAAAGUGGCACAGGUAGAGAACUCGGCGAGGCAGGCUUGGGGGGUUUACUACAACACCAAGGCUAUUCACGUGAACAUUGGCAAUAUACUGCCAAUGGAAACUGUUCACAGAGAGCAAGAAACUUCUGAUAUCAAACUAGGCGCUAGAGAUGCCUAA